AUGAGCGAAGCCAUACGCGAGACGUCCGGCAUGAAUGCCCCGUAUGCGGAAAACUCUUUGUACGACGGCAAGUAUAAUCGGAUCCCGCAAACCAGCGAUGUCAUGACGCGACACGCGACUCUUCAUGCAAGCGUCGGCAAGAAGCCGCGCAAGGUAUCAUGCCUAUCCUGUGUCCAGCGCAAGGUCCGGUGCGACGGACAGCCGGGGACGACCUGCAAGCGAUGCGAGAGUGCGGAGCGCCCGUGCCGCUACCGGAGCCAUGUGGAUGGCGCGGAGACGACGGCCGGCUUUCCGGCGCCGUGCAUACAGCAGCAGCAGCAGCAGCCCGUUUCGUCUCAACUCGCCCCCGCCCGCCCUUUUAAUCCCAACGGGCACAACGCUGGUGGUGUCGCCGCCCAUGCGCUGCCGGCCCUGCCCGUGGAGAGCCGGGGGCCUCUUGGGAACGCGGCACCGGAUGCAACGCUGGCUUUUGCGGUGGACCAUGCACAGGGGUUCAGCGCAGACCCGUCCGAGAGCUUCUUUGGCUGGGAUCUGGAGCAUGCUGGCUCCGACGACAUGGACUUUCUUGGCCUCCCGCUCCUAGACUGGUUUCCCACAACAACAGGAGCAGAGACAACAAACAUUGCGCUUUCAGAGCCGUCUGCUGCUCGAGACGACCCCGAGUCACCAUCGUCGCAGCUGAUCCGGGACGCUCAGCCGCCCGACACCCCUUGGCCGCAUGUCUAUCGUCCUAGUGAAAAUGACGCCGAGAUCAAUCUCUCGCCCGCCGCUCCCAAGACCCCCUCCAUCCUGCAGCAGCUCUCGCCAAGCCCCGUCAACGAGGGCUGCCGGCAAGCCAUCAUCUCGCUCGUCAACACCACGCACCAGCCCAACUGGCCGGCCGUCGACGCGGCCUGCUUCCCCUCGGCGCAGACGCUGUCCGUGUGCGUCAACCUCUACUUCCGGCACUUCCACGACGCGCUGCCCAUUCUCCGCCGCGUGGCCGACCUGCCCGGCGGCGGGGACUCGUCGUCGGCGGUGGCGUCGCCGGUGCUGCUGCUGGCCGUGGCCGCCAUCGGCGCCAUGUACGCGCGCGACACGCUGCGCAGCUCGGCGCUGGCCCUCAACGAGCUCGCGCGCAGGGCCAUUUCCUCGCUGCGCGAGAGCAACCGCAGCGCGUCGUUUAGCGUGCCCGUCGUCCAGGCCUCGCUGCUGCAGUCCGUGUUUGGGCUCUUUUGCGGCUCCCGCAUGCUGUACCAGCAUGCCGAGAUGAGCAGAGGCAGCCUUGUCACGGCCGCCAGGAGGAUGCACCUGCUCCGCCCGGGACUGUCGUUUGUCGACGAGCUGCAGAAAGGUACCGGUGCGCCGACGCAGGAGCAGAUGGAGCUGGCAGCGGCGGCCGACGAUGAGAGACGGAAUCUUGGAUGGGGCAUCUAUCUUUAUGAUAUGCAGAUUUCUGCCCUGCUCAACAUCCCUCCCCUCUUUUCCAUUUCUGAAAUUAACGUGCCUCUACCAGCUGACACCCAUGCGGAAUCGAAUUCGCAGUAUGCCACAGAGUCACCUCCCAAUUUCCGUGCCGUGCUGGAUGUACUAUUGUCCACCGGCGAGCUGCAGCAUUCCCUAGGCUCAUUCAGUUUGUCCAUCAUGGCAAACACACUUUAUAGACUUUGCACCGACGCUGCCGCCGUGGAAGCCAUCUUCACAAACGUGCCGGCACCAGGCGAUGGCCGUUAUCGACUCGAGUUUCCCGCAACCUUCAAGCACAAUCCGCAACAACUUCUCGAUGAGCUUUCCGUUUCCUGCCACUCGCUUCAUGCCCUACCCAACUCGCUCACGAUUGGGGUCUGCGCGCUCUCCCACCUUGGCCACAUGCAGUUCACGUGGCCGGGCUUCCUGAACAACAUCAAGAUUGCAGCAGGCAAGUCUGGGACCGAGGAAAGCAAAGCGACAGCACGAGAAUGGAUACAAUCUCGCAUUCAGGACGAUCCGGCCGGUGCGCGGUUCAUCCUCGCGCAAGCGGGCCAGUUGAGUGCCGUACUGGCGCGGUAUCCUUUCGAUGCGCCCGCUGAGACGGUGUUGGGGUUGGAUGUUGCCCUGACAUUUUGGGCGCUGCUAAAGUUUUCGGACAACUUGGGUGGUGAAGGACAAAAGUCCUUCUCAGUCUUUUGGUCCACGUGCGACGACGCGAGCGAAUGGGCUAGGAAUGGGGGUGCCGUUUACUUUCAAGGCCUCGGUGACCUUGGUCAACUCACCAGCGCCAAAUGCCUGGCCAUUUUCAGGCAGCGAAUGGACAUCAUGUCCUGGGGUCUGGCAGAUCGGUUCAAGCAAGUACUGUUGAAUCUUGAGCGGGAAGAACAAGCACCAUGA